AAUAUAACGUAAUUUGUGAAGUAUUGGUAAUUUUGUUGAUAUAUUUGAUGAUAAUUUAAAUGUCAACUCAAAUAAAGUGAUGUUUGUAUUGAUUCAAUUGAAAGCAUUUAAAGUGAUGUCAAUUGAAGUGUUUUGUUGACCGCCGAUGACAUCAACCAAGACAUACAAUGUCUGUGGAUAUCCCGCGAAGUUUGAAGCAUUUGGUUCAGCGCGUGAUGCGUGGCUUUUACCCGAUAGACCACGUGAUUGUUGUUGACCUGUUGUUGAGGAAGAGAUUGAUCAAAGAGGACGAUAUCAUUGAAUUAUUGAAGUUUGAGAGGAAACAGUUGAGGUCAGUGUUGGCCGCACUUGAAAAGGAUAAACUGACAAAAAAGAAACUGAAGAUCGAAACGGCGACCGACGGCAAAGCCAAUAGACAUAACUAUUAUUAUAUUAAUUUCAAGGCUUUCGUUAAUGUCGUUAAGUAUAAGUUGGAUCACAUGAGGAAAAAGUUAGAGUUAGAGGAAAGGGAUCUCACGGCCAGAGCUUCAUUUGUUUGUGAUGACUGUCAUAAAACAUUCACUGAUCUAGAAGUGGAUCAACUAUUGGAUCCAAUGACAGGCGAUAUGAGAUGUUCCUAUUGUGUGGGAGAAGUCAAAGAAGAUCCAAAUCAUAUGCCAAAAGCCGACUCGAGGUUAUUGGUGGCAAAAUUCAAUCAAACUAUGGAACCGCUUUGGCUUCUGCUUAAAGAUGUCGAAGAUAUACGUUUAUCGAACGAUUUGCUCGAACCCGAAAUACAAGUGUCCAGUGAAUCGGGUCCUCAAACGCAAAAUAACAAUUCAAAUAACUCAAUGGCUGGCAGACAAUGGACAGAUAAAAACAGAGCCAUUAAUAGUGAAUAUGAAAACUCUGUACUCAAUGACCACAAAAACUAUAUGGUUAAGAUUGAAGACUCAAAUACCGAUGAGGCUAAUGGUAGCGCUGACCAGCAUUUGGUUCGGGCUAAGAAAGAACAGCCUUCGUGGAUGUUAGAGAGCACUGUCUCUAAUAUCAAUAAUACCAUUAAUUUAAACUCAAAUAACGACACAUCCAUAACAAUUAGCACAACAUCAAAAACUUCAAACAAAUUUUCAUCAAAAUCGAUGUCAAAUUUAAUCCAAACUAAUAGUUUUGAAAACAACGAGCCGUCAAAAGAGAUUUUGGAAACACUUUUGAUUCACGAGAAAACUGAAAAUAAUAACUCUUCAGCGGUUUCUAUGCUAUUAAAUGAAACAACAAAUCAUUUAACGAAUAGCUAUAACAAUAAUAUUGACAAUAAUGAAGAAGAAAUUAUGAGCGAAGAGGAAGAAGAAGACAAUGAUAAUCAACAGCCGAUAAUCAUUGUCGGUAAUCAAACGAUACCAUUGAGUGAAGUCAAUGAUGAAAUCAUAUCACAAAUGACUGAUGAGGAAAGGGAUGAAUAUAUACGAUUGAGUCAACAAGUUUAUGCUCAUAUGUAUGACAUUUAAAAUAUUAUCAUUUUAAAACUCAUUUCUAUUGACUAUUAUAAAAAUAUGUAUAUAAAUUAAACAUUUAAAUAAAGU